AAUGCCAUUGUCAGCGUUAUGGAGCCUCAAAAACAUCACCAGCAGCAGCCCCAUUGCUUCAAUCGACCUAAAUACCGUGAGGGGAACCGGCCCAGGGCCGUGAAGCCACGUUGCGCAAUUCUUCGGGAAGUGGAGCGAAACGUCGAAACCUUGAGCGUGUUGUUUCGCAGACAAAAGUAAAUUGUCCGAGCCGGGGCCCUGGACAGACCCGAGGAGCGACGCAGACACAGACACUUAUGAGAGGCAAGACACGGGUCACUGGCAGACACGGGACAGGCAAAUAGAAGCGGCGAUAGAUACAGAGAUAGUCUCGGAAAGGAACAGAUAUGAAGAGAUAACAGGCAUGGAGAGAUGCCGUGAGACAAAUUCAGAGCCCAGGGGAGAGAUGCCCACGGAGACCGGCAUGGAGGAAUAAAACAGACAUGAAUACAGACGAACACACACUUUUUUUUGGCGUGAGGUGCUUUUAAAAAAAAGUGGGUCCUCAUUGCACAUGUGUUGUGUAGUGAAUGACGACUCGGAGUCAGGCUUCCAGGUAAGGGCUUGCGCCGGUUUAUUAACACAAAAAAGCAAUAACUGCACAAAGGGUUAGGUGCCCCAUACACUGGGUCCUUCACGGGGACCUCGGGCUCACUCGAGUCGGGACGGUGGCUUCACCAACACCGCCCGACCGAGGAGAGCAGCGCCCCACGUAAACCCAGCUGGCUCUUGUAGACUUCUCCCAGCCUCACCCCUGGCUGUCUCUUCAAACGCUCUCCAUCCCCGGCUUCCCACGACGACCCCGCUUUCGUCACGAGGAACCCCCAGGUGUACACCAUUGCGCAGGAGUCGCGCUACCUGCUGGUGCAGGGUGUCCCGGCCGUGGGGGCUGCACAGGAGCUGGUGCAGCUGUUUGCCCUGUACGGUGCCGUGCAGGAGUACCACGCCAUGGACGAGUACCCAGCCGAGCCCUUCACCGACGUCUACCUCAUCAAGUACGGCGACGUGCACAGCGCCAGGGUGGCCAAGAGGCGGCUGGACGAGAGGAGCUUCUUUGGAGGAGUGCUGCACGUGUGCUACGCUCCCGAGUUUGAGAGCGUGGAGGAGGCACGGAGCAAGCUGCAGGCGAGACGGCGUUACGUCGAGCGAAUUGCACGCAUGCCCGGCCCCCUCUUGCCAGACGACAAACACGAUGACACUGGUAAACCCACGAGCCGUUCCCCUCCUCACGAGCCUAAACGCGGACGGAGAGAACCACACAACGAAGAUGAGCAAGGAAGCGGGGACCAGGGACCAUCAUUUCCAACAUAUUCUUUCCCCAUGAUCCCACCGCCCCCUCAGCACCUUCCGCCCGCCGCCCGCAUGCCGCCCACAUGGCGCCGGAGUGAAGGCACGGAGGGGUACCUAGAAUCCAGGGCGUACUCCGAUUCUCGGGAACGAGCAACGCUCGCAGGACAUACAGAAUCCAGGGGUCCCUUGUCCCACCAAGGCUCGCGGCGAAAGAAUGAGGCAGUGGCGCGGUUUGUGCCACGAUCAGCGCUGCUGGAGGCUCGGAAUCAGCUGAGGUUGGAGGGAGGUAUGGGUGGACGGACGUCUCAUCAGGAUGUGAAUGAGCCGCUGGUUGGGCCUAUGCUGCCUCCAGAGAUCCCCAAGGACGUGGACCUGGGAGAUGCUUCGCUCAAUGCCUCGGCCGAACUUAUACGGGAUCGCAUACGACAGGUUACAGAUGCUGCACCCUCGAAUGUUUCUUCUGCACAUCAAGGGCCCAUAACGCAAGCAAAAGCCCGCAGAAGAAUAUGACAUUAAAUGUUCUUGCAUGUUGCCAGCUGUAUAUUGCCAGUUGUGUAAAUGUAUAUGGAAGAAAAAAACCCGAACACUUUUGAGCAAUUGUUUCAUUGGUUUAUUUGUGUCUUUGUGUUUAAGAGUCCGUUGUGUUGUGGGGAAAAGCCCAUAUGGCAAGCAAUCCAGUGUAUGCACAACAGGCCAAUAACACCUCCAGCUUUAAAAAUCUAUGGGCCAGUUUCACAUCUUGAUUACACAGCUGCAACACAUUGCCUUCGCUAAGCUUGUAAUUGUUGACAACACAAACAUCAGCAUGUUUCACCAACAAUCGGAUGAAUUAGAACAUUCACCAACAUCUCUUGGGGCCCUAUGACAAAAAGGUAUACAUUUCCCCAAUAGUAUUGUUACCAACUUCACGGGUAUUCUACUACUGCGUUGCCACAAUUAAACCCUUCAACCGACCACACUUUAAAAUCAGCAAUAAAGCCCUACUGCUAAAGCACUGUCGAAAAGUGUAUAAUUUAGUAAGCUUGUAUCCGUGUAAACAUGGUUAAGGGCAGCAAGUAGCAUGUGAACACUUCACUAACGUUAAGCAGGUGAGUGCAACGUUUUCCCAAGUUGUCUAACAUUUAGCCUUGGUAAUGUUUGGUGUCACAGUUUCAAUUGGCUUGUGUUUUGUAUUUAUAACUUAGCUCUUUUGUACACUGUUUCGGUCAGAUGAUGUAUGUGACUUGAUGACUUGCUCUUUAACACACAAGACAAAUGCAUUCAGACUAAAAAGAUGCAACUUAAAAAAUAGUUAUGUAGGAGAUUCAUAUGCUGUGUUCUGGGUGAUUUAGCAGCUUUUUAACGUUCGUUAAUGAGGG